AUGUCGGGUUUUCCACCCCGUCACCAUUCGCAAUCAUCUGCACCCAACACACCGUCCGCAAUCCGCCGUGCUUUUCCACCAUCGCCAACUCGUUUCGCCUCCUCGACAACCUCUGCGUUUCUCCCGCCGUCGCCUAAACUUGGCCGCAAACCGGCGCCGCCAUCACUUCCGCUAACUCCGACAGCGGUGCGCAAAUUUCAGCGGCCGGUGGUGACGCCGUCCUCGUCGCCGCAAAUUGCGAAACUUAGAAUUAAUGGGAAGGUUGUGAGAGUUAGCGCAAUUCGACAAUCGGCGUAUUGUAAGUGACAAAAAUAUGCGCGGGGGAGCAUUUUGGAGCCUCUGGGGAAAUUCUGAAAAUCCUUAAUUUUGAAAAAAAAUCUGAAAAUUAACAUUUUUUGGCUGAAAAUCCUGGAAUUUCUGGUGGGAAUUUUACAGGCAAAGCUUUUGAAAUCAGUCAAGAGAAAAGCUUAGCCUAAGAAACUUGAGCCUAAAAAUCCUGAAAAUUUCUGAUUUUUUUUUGAAAUUCUGAAAUUAUUUCAUAAUUAUAAAAGUUCUAAUUUUAAUUUUUGUAUAAACCCGAAAUUCCUGAGAAUUUUUAAAAUUUGGUAAUCUUGAAAUGAAUUUCACAAGUCCCUUUUAUUUAUUUUAAAAAAUCCUAAUUAUAAAAUUUAUGAAAUUAAUUUUUGUGAAAACCCGAAAUUCCUGAAAAUUUCUGAAAUUUGGAAAUCCUGGAUGUAAUUUCAUAAAUCUGAAAAUUUUGAAAUUAAUCAAUAAUUUCCGAAUUUCUGGUGGGAAUUUUACAAAGCUCUGCCUGAUUAAGCCUAGAGCAAAGCUUGGCCUAAGCCUAAAAACCAAGCCUAAACUUGAACCUGAAAAUUCUGAAAUUAAUCAGUAUUUUUGGGUUCUGAAACCUUAAUUUAAAAAAAAAAAUUCUGGUGAGAAUUUUACAUUAUCAAUUUCCCCCAGAGGCUCCAAAAUUUUCCUGAUAACAAAAUUUUUAUGGGCUUCCGGGUGAAUCUUCUUGCCACGUCAUAACUCAAUUUUCCUUUUUAUAGAUUCGUCAUCUGAAGAUGAGGAUAGUUUGGCUGGUGGAACACUCGGUCGAAAAACCUCGACAAUCACAAAACCGCCACAAACAACACCAAGAACUUCAUCUUUAGGUAAGUUCUUUCAUGACGUCAUCAAAAACACAUCAAAUUAUAUUUAAUUUUUAUUUUUAUUUAUGUUUCCUUCGCCCUUUCAUUCUUCUUUUCUCUUAUCACAUUUCACAUUUCACAACAAUUUUUUCUGUUGUUUUUUUCCCUUUUCCCAAACCGGCUAUCUUUUAUUUCUUAAUUUUCAUUUUUUAGCAUCUUCAUCUUCCCAACCCAAACCUGCUACAACGGAGAUCGCGACUCCUGGAACGAAACGCGGUGCAGCUGAAAGUGGAGCGGCGGUUGAAGCGAUGUUGAGAAUGGUGCAGGAGAAUCGAGAUAGACAUGAUGUUGGUUGUUUUUUUUGGGAGACCCAGAAUUGCUAAAUCAAAAUUUUUGUGAUUUUUCACGAUUAUUGGCUCUAGGACCAUGAAAACCAUGAUUUUUGACUCAAAAAUUGGAUUCCGUGUGGAUUUUUAACCCCGGAAACCUUUUAACACCUCAAAAAUCCCAGAUUUCUGCCAAAAAAUGGCAUGUGCGCUCCACUGCACUUUUUGCAGUUUUCAUUGAAAUUCAAAUUUUUAAUUAGAGAAAAAUUUGUGAAUUUGUAUGGUUUUCUAUGGAAUUUUAAUCCCCGAGCCUGAGAAAAAUCGAUUUUUCAAGACUUUUGGCCUUAGGACCAUGAAAAUCCAUGAUUUUUCAUCCAAAAAUUGGAUUCCACGUGGAUUUUUAACCCCGGAAACCUCUAAAAACCUCAAAAAUUCCAAAUUUUUAGCAAAAACGCAAAAAGUGCAGUGGAGCGUACAUGCCAUUUUUUAAUUAGAGCAAAAAAUGGAAUUUCUAGAGAUUUCUGGGCUAAAAAUCCACGUGGCAGUUGAAUUUUGAGUCAAAAUUGUGGUUUUCAUGGUCCUGGGGAUUGAAAUCCAAAUGAAAAACUAUAAUAAUGCACAAAUGUUCCUCUGGUUAAUAAUUUGAAUUUCAAUGAAAACUGCAAAAAGUGCAGUGAAGCGCAUUUGCUUUUUUUAGCAGAAUUUUGGGAUUUUUGAGGUUUUUUUUUUAAAUCCACGUGGAAUCCAAUUUUUGUGUUGAAAAUCAUGAUUUUCAUAGUCCCAGAGUGAAAAUUUACCCGAAAAUCAAUUUUUUCCAGCAACAACAACAAAAACGAGAAUAUGGUGAAUAUGUUCAAGCUCGAAUUCGACCAAAACCCGCGUCUUCCCAACAAAAUGGCGAAAUUAUUCGAGUUUCCCGUCAGGAUUAUCGAAAUUCCAAAAUUAUUGUCACUGAAAAUGAGGGAAUUCGAAUUUCGCCGCAUAGAGAGGUGAGACAAAGAACUUUGCGGAAGGUUUUUUUUUUGAAAUCAUCAACCAUGUGUCAAAAGGUCAAACGUUGACAGAAAUUAUGAAAGUUUGAAGGGAAAAAAAUUCUAGAUUUGACCUUUGAAAUUUCAAAAAUUUUAUGAAAAUCACAAAUUUCGACUAGAAAUUCAAGAUUUUGACCCCAGAAACCUCUAGAAAUCCCAAAUUUUUGCUCAAAAAUGGCAUGUGCGCUCCACUGCACUUUUUGCGUUUUUAUCGAAAAUCUGAAUUUUUAUUUAUUUUUCGCUUGUGCAGUGGAGCGCAUAUUAUCGAUUUUUGAAAGCAAAAAUAGGAUUUUUUCCACGUAGAAGUUGAAUUUCGAGUUGGAAUUGUGAUGAUUUUCACGUGAAUCCUAUGAAUUUUUUUUUCUCCAGGAAUUCGAAACCACAAUCGACGCAAUUUGCUCGGAUCCAGAUGAUGAAGCGGUUUAUGUGAACACGGAGAUCCGUGGACAAACGCGCAUUUCUACAGAAUCCCCGGACUCGGCUGAUUAUCAAAAUUCGAUUCUUCGUAAGCCACUUCUUAUCAUAAUUUUCUUAAAUAUAAAAAUCAUUUUUCAGCUUUGAAACCGGCCAAAGUUUCAACAAAGAUUCAAAGUGUGGUUAAUGCUUUACAGGUUGGUUUUUUUUCUUAUAUUUGGAACUUAAAUUUUGAAAAAUUGUUUAUCUGAAAAUUUUGGCCUAGAAAAUUAUUUCCAAAAAAAUUAUUUAAAAUCUGUGAAUUUCUCAGAAAUCUGAAUUUUUUACAAAUUCCACACCCGCUCAAGCAACACAAAAAUCAGCAAAACGCUGUAAAAACGGUGCACCCUGUAGCUCAAAACCUAGAUAA